UGUACGAGAACUCGGGAGCCGCGCGCUCCGGGGGCCGGGGCUGCGGGGCCGGGCCAGGCGGGCUUCAGCGAGCCGCAGGCUGCUCCCCGCCGCGCCGCCGCGCCAGUUCGUCCGCCCGGAGCCGGAGCGCGGCUCCCCUGGCCGUCAGGCCCCGGGUCGGGCCGGGAGAGGCGCGGGGCUGCGGUUCAGCAUCGGCGGGCGCACGCUGCGGAUGGCGGGCCCAGGCCGGGGCAGCCGGCCAGCAUCCUCUUCCCGCACGCAGGGCGAGCCAGCCGAGUCCGUGCGCCGCGCUCUGCACACUGAUCCACGCGCGCCGCAGGCCCCGGGAGGCGGGCGGCCCCUCCCCGCCUUGUCGCCGCCUCCAAGGCGCGGGGUGGAGGGGCCCCCUCGCUGUCCCCAGUGUCCCCCCACGUCCCAGCGCCCGGCGACAGCUGCGUGGAAACACCGGGUGGGUGGCGGAAAGGAAGGAACGAGGCGAAUCCACACCUUGCCUCCGGCAGGCCUGUGUUACGGAGGAUCAAAGCCCGGGAUGUGCACUCCCUGCAGGUUGUUUGGAAGCAAGAGGCUGCAGAAAGCCAACAGCUGAAUGGAUCCUGAGACCGUGAGACUCCUCUGUGAUGGCAAACCUUGGUUGUCAACUUGACUGGGUCUGGAAGCAACUAGAAGGCAAGCUGCGGGGCACUCCUGUGAGGAAGAAUUUUCUCCAUCAGAUAAAGUGGGAAGAACCGACCUAAUGGAGGUGGCCCUUCUGGUGGCAGCCCAGGUAAACGGAGACAGAAGCGAGCCUCGCUUUUUGCCUGCUUGCCUUAGUUUUGUUUUGCUUUACUAAGAUUCAUUGACUUUAUGUGUAUGAGUGCUUUGCCCGCAUGUACGUAUGUGCACCACCUGUGCGCAUGCCUGGUGGCCAGGGAAACCAGGCCGUGUUGGGUACCCUGGAACUGGAGUUGCAAAUGGUUGAAAGCCACCACGUGGGUGGUAGGGGCCAAAGCCAGCCCUCUUACCUUCACCCUGGGUGGCACGUCCAUCCAUCUAUCUACUCUGUUGCUGCGUUCCUUGGCUGGGGUCAGAACCCAGCCUCUUCAGGCUUCUGAUGGUGACAGCACCCUAGCGGCUCUCCAGGAAUCCUCCAGGUCUCCAGUACCAGAUUAGGGCAGGUGAGAUGUCCAGCCUCAUGGACUGGGCAGCCACCAGGUUCUCAGCCCCUCUGGGGUGAGACAGCCAUUGUUGGACUACUUAGAAUGUAUUAUGUGAUCUGACCUAAUAAAUCUUAAUUUGUG